AGGACUGACCAGCUAUUGAUAAGAUAGUCCGAGAGGCACGCCGCAGCCCUGUCUUCCCAGCAGCCGCCUUCUGACGACGAAGGCAGGCUCGCUGGCUCGGAUGCGUUGAACAACGGUCGCAUCGCUCAAGGAUGAACACCCACCUUAUUGUUACUGCGCUAGCGUUACUGGCUUGCCCAGGAGCCCUUCAAAACGCACGUAGGUCUUUCGUGAUCGACUACGAGAACGACAGGUUCCUCAAGGAUGGCGAGCCCAUACAGGUCGUGGCGGGCGCCAUCCACUACUUCCGCACACUACCCCAGCUGUGGGACAAUCGGCUGACAACCAUCAAGACAGCGGGGCUCAAUGCGAUACAAACAUACGUCGAGUGGAGCAGCCACGAACCCGAGGAAGGCCAAUUCGCCGGAGCUCAAGAGCUGGUGCACUUCUUGAACUUGGCCCAGAGUCACGACUUACUGGUUCUGCUCAGGAUAGGCCCGUACAUCUGCGCUGAGAGGGACUUGGGUGGACUGCCAUACUGGUUGCUGUCGCGAAACGCCUCCAUUCGACUUCGCACUGCGGACCCAGAAUACACCAAGCCCGUCGAGAAGUACUUCUCUUGGCUACUUCCACUGAUACGACCACUUCUGUAUGCGAACGGAGGGCCUGUUAUAGCUGUACAGAUCGAGAACGAGUAUGGCAGCUACAAGGCAUGCGACUUCUCGUACAUGGCCUGGCUGCGGGACCUGGUGCGUCAUCACCUGGGCCGUGACGUCAUCCUUUACACGACCGACGGCGCUGGAGAUGGUUUCCUACAGUGCGGCAAAGUCGACGGUGCCUACACAACCGUUGAUUUCGGUGCAGACUCGGACCCCGAGGAGAUGUUCGCUGUCCAGCGCCGACAUCAAGAACGGGGACCGCUGAUGAACUCUGAGUUCUACACCGGCUGGUUGGACCACUGGGCGCAGGAGCACAGCACUGUCAGCACGGAAGCUGUGGCCACUGCUCUGGACAGGAUUCUGAGCAUGAACGCCUCCGUAACGAUGUACAUGUUCCAUGGUGGGACAUCAUUUGGCUACAAGGCAGGCGCUAACGUCGAUAAGGUAAACGGAUUUCAACCUACGCCGACAAGUUACGACUACGAUGCACCCAUGACGGAAGCUGGCGACCCAACGGACAAGUUUCACGCAAUACGAGACGUCAUCGCCAAGUACCUUCCGGUGCCGCAUGUUCCUGUCCCGGAGCCUGCAAAGAAGAUGGCACUGGGGAGGCUGCCGCUAACGAAGUUGUACGAUUUGAAGGAUGUGAGGGAGCUUCUGGUGCACUACAGGAUACCAUCGGAACUGCCAUUGUCGUUUGAGCGAAUUCGGCAGAGCCAAGCCCUGGUGCUGUACGAAACAUGGGUGACUUUCCUUCCGAGAGAUCCGGCAGUGCUUAGUGCACGUGGACUCCGUGAUCGAGGAUAUGUCUACGUGGAUGACGUCUACCAAGGCAUAAUUUCGCGUAUGGACAACGUGUACAGCGUCAUGAUCCCGGUUACGAAAGGCCAGCGGCUUACGAUACUGGUGGAAAGCCAGGGCAGAGUCGGCUUCGUAGAUCUCAAUGACCCCAAGGGACUCGGCCGGAACGUCACUCUGUCUGGAAUAACGCUGACCGACUGGAACAUAACGGCCAUUAACGAGAAGGAUCACCUGACUGCACGACGUCGCAUUGACGACGGCGUGAAGUCUUGGACGCCGGUGAACCAGUCCGUUCCCAGCUGCGACGUCUCUCCACCGGGUCUGGCGGUCUACCAAGCGACGUUUAGGUUCGACGUGUCCCCACCUCUAGAUACAUACCUCAGGCUCGACCACUGGAAGAAGGGUACCGUCCUCCUCAACGGCUUCAACCUCGGCCGGUACUGGACACCCAUGGGUCCGCAAAGGGCGCUGUACGUGCCGGCAGUACUGUUCAGGGAAGAAAACUUACUCGACAUCAUCGAACUGGAGCAAGCACCCUGCGGGCAGGAAUCAUCAGACUGCUACGUCGAGUUCGUCGACGAACCUGACAUCAAUGGCCCCGUGCCACUUUCGAAAUUAUAAUAAAUUUGUCUGCUGC